UCCAAGGACCGUUAAGUAUUAACAAUGAAUGACUGAGUAAAUGGUUCACUAUUCAUCUGUAUAGAACUCUUGAGUUUAAGCGUUUUGAUACCAAAGGAUCCCAGAGUUGAUCUGAAAGAUGAGGACCUUCGUCGCUCUACUGUUUGUUGUCUGCAGCUGUCUCUCUGAGCUGCAGGUUUUUCAAAGUAGCGACAUUGACAAGAAGCCAAUCUUUAUAGAAACCACAGGGAGGACCAGCGAGAGCCAGUUGGAGGAACAGAGAGUCCUACUCCAGGAGCUGAGAGCCAUUGUGGCUCAACAGAGCACCAAACUGAAUGAGAUGGGAGCCACCUUGGAGGAACUGAAGAGAGCGAACGGAGAGAGACCGAAGGUGGCCUUCUCAGCCUCGCUGUCUGAAUCCAAAGGACCAAAUAGUGAUGAUGUCAUCCUGGCCUACAAACAUGUCUUCAACAAUAUUGGUGAGGCUUACAGUCCGGUGACGGGUAUCUUCAGAGCACCGGUUAAUGGAGUCUACUACUUCACAUACACCGCCUUUACAACCUCCAGCAAGGGGAGAAGAGUGUCGCUGUAUAAAAAUGGACUCGUAAUGGUGACUGUGACCGACGAUGUUUCAGACUCGGAGGACGGUGGAACCAAUGGUGUCACACUGCAGUUGGAUGCAGGAGACGAAGUCUACACUCGACUGAUGGAAGGAUUUAACAUCUUUGAUGACAAUAAUCACCACAGCACCUUUACUGGCUUUCUGCUCUUCACUUAGAAAACAGUUUAUUCUAUCGCUGAAUCCUACUGCUUUAUAAGGAUUUAAUGACAUAUAGUACUAUGAUUUAAUGACAUAUAGUACUAUGAUUUAUGACUAGGACAAAAAAAAAAUGUUUAUGAUAUUUUUUGUGUGAACUAAGCAUUGAUAACAAGGUGAUAAACAAACAA